CGGUGUCUGAUCUUUAGGGAGUGGAGUAUAAUCAGUAAGAAGUAUAGAGGGGAAAGGACAACAGGAGUUCUUAGUGAAUGAGACACCAAGUUCCUGGUUGGACUUUCCUGGACUUUCUCAUAUUACUUUUACAACAUGACAAUGACCAUGAAAAUAAUCACUCAAAGGCUCCUUUUCCUGACUUAUAUACUUCUAUUGAGCACGGCUGGUAAUGUUGCCAAAGACAGUGACCCCACGACAAUAAACCCACAACCAGCAACUGACAAAUCUAUGAUGACAACUGGACUUACAACAGAAAUCGGUACCCGUCCUCCUUCUACACCUGAGAGUUCAACUGUUGCCACAUCAAGCCACACAACCACAAGCACCGCCAUCACCACCACGACCACCUCCAUGCCACCCUCAAUGUCCACUACCCAGACCAAGUCAACAACAGUGACUUCUCAGCCCAGCUCAACAUCGCCACAGCCGUCCACAGCCACAACAGGGAGCACAGUGGUUCAAACCACACAAUCCACCAGCAGCAAAAGUGCAACUACUGGCUCUACACCCAGUGUGAGUUCAACUACAACUACUGGCCCUACACCCAGCGUGACUUCAACUACAACUACUGGCUCUACACCCAGUGUGAGUUCAACUACAACUACUGGCUCUACACCCAGUGUGACUUCAACUACAACUACUGGCUCUACACCCGGUGUGACUUCAACUACAACUACUGGCUCUACACCCGGUGUGACUUCAAAUACUAGCUCUACACCCAAUGUGACUGAUACCACAACCAACUCAUCCAACACAACAGCAAUUAAUCCUGGUAUAAGUGGUGGGCUGAACUCUUCAGAGAUGGCACUGACUGUGGUCUUAGGUAUUGUUCUUGGGGUGGUUGCGCUUGCGAUAAUAGUUUACACCCUUAGAAAGCGCAGACAAAGAAUGCUCCCAUUCACUCAUCAGAGACUCUACUGUAGAGAUGACACAGUGGACUUGUUUGCACCUCCUGAUGACACACUGGUCAUUUCUGGUGGGCUCUACGAUGGAACACAGAGGAAUCCUGAUGGAGAUGUCACCAUGGACCACUCGUUUUCAGGUCAGCCUGCUCGAUUGCGACUAGAAUUCCUAAACGAUGGGACGGAGAGGACCCCAAAUCAGGCUUCAACUUUCGCGACUUUCCCAUCUCAGUGGUCUUGAAUUGAAUGAGCAUGGGCUCUUGUGGAUGGAAUAUGGAACUUUGGUCCAAGGCAUCAUGAUUCCUUCCAGGGUAAUGAGAGCUGAAGCUUUUCAUUUAAAGCCGAUUUAAACCUUUGAUCCCUGAGACUUUGAAUUGAGUAUGGUGACAUGCAGGAUUGUGGCAUUUAGAAAAUUAUUUGUGACUGCAUUCCAUACUGUAUGCUAUGCUCAUCAAACAAGCAAGAAAUAAGGGGAUACUGUAAGCAAUGUAUAUGCACAACCUAAGUAAGAUGGCUGAUGAUUGCCAGACAAGGAUAAACACUUCUUUGCCUUAAUCAACAUUAUUUAGUCUGAUUACAGGGCCUGUGGUUGCAAACAAAUGACACAGUCACAUUUGAAGUUAGAACGUUAUGACAAAUUAGCUUACAAAUGGUGACUGAUGCUGAUGCAACUCCAUACUCAAAGAGCCGACUAAUCACCAGCACAUGCCAUAUACUGUAUGUAGGGUUUAAGACAAUACAGUAAACCAACUAUGUUAAAUGUGUUUAUUAUGAUAAAUAACAGCUAAUAUAAAAACAAAAACAUUUGGAUUAAAUGUCAUUUCAGUGCUAAUGGUAACAAAAUGGAAAAAAUACUGGAUAGUAAAUAGUCACGUGUACAACAGAUUGUGUAAACAGAUCAGUAAUUGUUUAUACGGACACAUAAAUAAGUAAAUAAAUAAGCAUAUAUAUAUAUCAUGCAUUUGCAUAAACUGUAAAUAUAUUGCUGUGAACCGAAUCAAGUAAAUAACUGUAAUAACAAAGUGCAAUAACUGUAAAUAGUCCAGUAAAUAAAUGUUUAAAACCUC